CUAUAUAAGCAUCAUCACUUACCUUCAUUUGUUACAUCAAGCGAGUAAAACCUCCUGAUUAGAUUGCGUGAAAACAUAGAACUAUGGCUUCUCAGACCAAAGUGGUGAUGCUUCUUAUUCUCGCCACAGCAGGAGCAGCUUUGGCUGUGGCAAACCCAAUAUCAGAGGCUGAUCCUGACAUUGUGGAAGAUCCAGAAGUAAUUAUUGCAUUUUCUGAGAAAUGCCCAGCUGGAUGGUUCUACUAUUCCGGUCGCUGCUUCUUGUACAACGAUGACAGACUGGAUUGGGUUUCUGCAGAGAAAUUCUGUCAGAAUUUUGAUGCACACUUGGUCUCAAUACACAGCGAGAAUGAAUAUCAGCAGAUAAAGUCUCUUAUCCGUAAUUAUGACCCCACGGAGAAUCCAACAUACAUCGGCCUCAGUGACGGUCAGCAGACUUUUGAAUUUUUUUGGUCUGAUGGCACCAAAUUGACUUUCACCAGAUGGAAUCCAGGACAACCAGAUAAUUAUAACAACAACGAGCGCUGUGUGCAUAUGAACUAUGAUACCAUUAAAAACUGGAAUGAUAUUCCUUGUACCCAGCGCUAUGCCUCUGUGUGUGCCAAGAAAAGUAACUGAAAUGCUUCCUACUGCAUCUCACCAAAUAUAAUACAAUAUUUUUCCUCGUCACUGAUGAAUUUAUAAAAUGAUUCUGUGGCAGACUUCAAUAACUUCAGCAAUAAAAAAAAAUCUAAAAAAAAAUAAAUAAAUAUAUAUAAAGAAAUAAAAAUAAAUUUAAAAAAAUGUUA